AUGGGUCUGCUGCACGUCUCUUGCCUGGAACAUUGCCUGAACACCCAGAACGUGGACCACUGCGAGAUUUGCCACCACCGCUUUGCAACCGUUGCUCAAGCCACCGGCAUCCGUCAGUUCUUCUGCUGGGCUCUACACGCUGGCUCUCUGUGGCGAGCGCUAGGAGUCCUGAUCUGCUUCGCUGUCAUGACGCCGCUGACCGUCCUCACCUGCUUCUAUUGCAUCCAAAUCACCUCAAAGCAAGCGCUGGAAGGACGCAUCAUGGUGUUUGUCAGCGUGGUCACUCUAUCUGGCCUUUUCCUUACUGCCUACUUGUGCUCGUUCUUUUACAUAGUGCGCUUGCAUUACUGCGAUAUCGCUCUAUGGCAGGCACAGAACUCGAAGCGCAAAACUUGGGUAUGGCGCAGUGCGGUGCCGAACUAUGGACAAUCCAGGACGCCGGAUGGACAACAGGCGAGCUCACGGAAGAUUGUGGAUGUAGGGGCUGCAAGUUUCACCGAGACCGAGCGCGCAAUGCAGCUGAUUGUAUGA